AUGCUUAAAAGGAAACAGAGUUCUAGGGUGGAAGCCCAGCCAGUUACAGACUUUGGCCCUGAUGAAUCUUUGUCCGAUAAUGCAGAUAUAUUGUGGAUUAACAAACCAUGGGUUCAUUCUUUGCUGCGCAUCUGUGCCAUCAUCAGUGUCAUUUCAGUUUGUAUGAACACUCCAAAGACAUUCGAGCAUUAUCCCCCUCUUCAGUAUGUCACCUUUACCCUGGAUACUCUGUUGAUGUUUCUCUACACUGCGGAGAUGAUAGCAAAAAUGCACAUUCGUGGCAUAGUUAAGGGUGAUAAUUCCUAUGUGAAAGAUCGCUGGUGUGUUUUUGAUGGAUUUAUGGUCUUUUGCCUUUGGGUUUCUUUGGUGUUACAGGUAUUUGAAAUUGCUGACAUAGUCGAUCAGAUGUCACCUUGGGGAAUGUUGAGGAUUCCAAGGCCUCUUAUUAUGAUCCGGGCAUUCCGUAUUUAUUUCCGAUUUGAACUACCAAGAACAAGGAUAACAAAUAUUUUGAAGCGUUCAGGAGAGCAAAUUUGGAGUGUUUCAAUUUUCCUACUUUUCUUUCUACUUCUAUAUGGAAUUUUGGGAGUUCAAAUGUUUGGCACUUUUACCUAUCACUGUGUAACAGUUGACACUCAGCCGGGAAAUGUGACUUGGAAUAAUUUAGCUAUCCCAGAUACCCACUGCUCCAGAGAAAUUGAAGAAGGUUAUCAAUGCCCACCAGGAUUUAAAUGCAUGGACCUGGAAGAUCUGGGACUUAGCAGGCAAGAGCUGGGCUACAGUGGCUUUAAUGAGAUAGGUACAAGCAUUUUCACUGUGUAUGAGGCUGCCUCUCAAGAAGGCUGGGUCUUCCUUAUGUACCGAGCAAUUGACAGCUUUCCAAGAUGGCGUUCUUACUUCUAUUUCAUCACCCUAAUAUUCUUUCUUGCCUGGCUUGUUAAGAAUGUAUUUAUUGCCGUCAUUAUUGAAACAUUUGCAGAAAUCAGGGUGCAGUUCCAACAGAUGUGGGGAUCCAGGAGCAGCACAACUUCAACAGCUACAACACAGAUGUUUCAUGAAGAUGCUGCUGGAGGAUGGCAGCUAGUAGCUGUGGAUGUCAACAAACCCCAGGGCAGAGCUCCAGCUUGCUUACAGAAAAUGAUGAGGUCAUCAGUUUUUCAUAUGUUUAUCCUGAGCAUGGUGACUGUAGAUGUCAUUGUUGCUGCUAGCAACUACUACAAAGGAGAGAAUUUCAGAAGACAAUAUGAUGAGUUCUACCUGGCAGAGGUGGCCUUUACAGUCCUGUUUGAUUUGGAAGCUCUUCUGAAAAUCUGGUGUUUGGGAUUUACUGGCUAUAUUAGCUCAUCUCUCCACAAAUUUGAACUGCUACUGGUAGUUGGAACUACUCUUCAUGUUUAUCCAGAUCUCUAUCACUCACAGUUCACGUACUUUCAGGUUCUUCGAGUAGUUCGACUUAUUAAGAUUUCUCCUGCUUUAGAAGACUUUGUAUACAAAAUAUUUGGUCCUGGGAAGAAACUUGGGAGUUUGGUUGUGUUCACUGCCAGCCUCUUAAUUGUGAUGUCAGCAAUCAGUUUACAAAUGUUCUGCUUUGUAGAAGAAUUGGACAGAUUCACGACUUUUCCAAGGGCAUUUAUGUCAAUGUUUCAGAUACUUACCCAGGAAGGAUGGGUAGAUGUCAUGGACCAGACCCUCAAUGCUGUCGGCCAUAUGUGGGCACCUGUGGUUGCCAUCUACUUCAUUCUUUAUCAUCUAUUUGCUACUCUGAUUCUCCUGAGUUUGUUUGUUGCUGUUAUUUUGGACAACCUCGAGCUUGAUGAAGAUCUAAAGAAACUUAAACAAUUGAAACAAAGUGAAGCAAAUGCAGACACCAAGGAAAAGCUCCCUUUGCGCCUGCGUAUCUUUGAAAAAUUUCCCAAUCGACCACAAAUGGUGAAAAUCUCAAAACUUCCUUCAGAUUUUACAGUUCCUAAAAUCAGGGAAAGCUUUAUGAAACAAUUCAUUGACCGCCAACAACAAGACACAAGCUGCCUCUUACGAAGACUUCCUUCAGCUUCAUCUUCAUCCUGUGAUCAUUCCAAAAGGUCAGCAAUCGAGGACAACAAAUACAUCGACCAAAAGCUUCGUAAGUCUGUUUUCAGCAUCAGAGCAAGGAAUCUUCUGGAAAAAGAGACAGCAGUCACAAAAAUCCUCAGGGCUUGCACGAGACAACGCAUGCUGAGCGGAUCAUUUGAGGGGCAGCCAGCAAAAGAAAGGUCAAUACUCAGUGUGCAGCACCAUAUUCGUCAAGAACGCAGGUCACUGAGACAUGGUUCUAACAGCCAGCGAAUCAGCAGGGGAAAAUCUCUUGAAACCUUGACUCAAGAUCAUUCCAACACAGUGAGAUAUAGAAAUGCACAGAGAGAGGACAGUGAAAUCAAGAUGAUCCAGGAAAAAAAAGAACAAGCUGAAAUGAAAAGGAAAGUACAGGAGGAAGAAUUAAGGGAAAACCAUCCAUAUUUUGACAAGCCCCUUUUCAUUGUUGGCCGUGAGCACAGGUUCCGAAAUUUUUGCAGAGUGGUGGUCCGAGCACGCUUUAAUGCUUCAAAAACAGACCCUGUCACAGGAGCUGUGAAAAAUACAAAGUACCAUCAACUGUAUGACUUGCUGGGAUUGGUUACCUACCUGGACUGGGUGAUGAUCAUUGUGACAAUCUGCUCUUGCAUUUCAAUGAUGUUUGAAUCCCCCUUUCGGAGAGUCAUGCAUGCACCCACAUUGCAGAUUGCAGAAUAUGUGUUUGUGAUAUUCAUGAGCAUUGAGCUCAACCUGAAGAUAAUGGCAGAUGGUUUGUUUUUCACUCCAACUGCAGUGAUAAGGGAUUUUGGUGGAGUAAUGGACAUAUUUAUCUAUCUUGUAAGUUUGAUAUUCCUUUGUUGGAUGCCUCAGAAUGUACCUGCUAAAUCCGGAGCUCAAUUGUUAAUGGUGCUUCGGUGCCUGAGACCCCUUCGAAUCUUCAAGCUGGUACCCCAAAUGAGGAAAGUAGUACGAGAGCUUUUCAGUGGCUUCAAGGAAAUCUUUCUGGUCUCCAUUCUCUUGCUGACAUUAAUGCUUGUUUUUGCAAGCUUUGGAGUUCAGCUUUUUGCUGGGAAGCUGGCAAAGUGCAAUGAUCCUCACAUCAUGAGAAGGGAAGAUUGCCAUGGCAUAUUCAGAAUUAAUGUAAGUGUUUCCAAAAACUUAAAUUUAAAACUAAGGCCUGGAGAAAAGAAGCCUGGAUUUUGGGUACCCCGUGUCUGGGCCAAUCCUCGGAACUUUAAUUUUGACAAUGUGGGAAAUGCUAUGCUGGCAUUGUUUGAAGUUCUCUCCUUGAAAGGCUGGGUGGAAGUAAGGGAUGUUAUUAUUCAUCGUGUGGGGCCGAUCCAUGGAAUCUAUAUUCAUGUUUUCGUAUUCCUGGGUUGCAUGAUUGGACUGACCCUCUUUGUUGGAGUAGUCAUUGCUAAUUUCAAUGAAAACAAGGGAACGGCGUUACUGACUGUAGAUCAGAGAAGAUGGGAAGAUCUGAAAAGCAGACUGAAGAUAGCACAACCUCUUCAUCUCCCACCUCGCCCGGAUAAUGAUGGUUUUAGAGCUAAAAUGUAUGACAUUACCCAGCAUCCCUUUUUUAAGAGGACUAUAGCUGUACUAGUCCUGGCUCAAUCUGUGCUGCUGUCAGUCAAGUGGGAUGUUGCAGACCCAGUGACUGUUCCUUUGGCAACAAUGUCUGUUGUGUUCACCUUCAUUUUUGUCCUGGAGGUUACGAUGAAGAUUAUCGCCAUGUCACCUGCUGGCUUCUGGCAGAGCCGAAGGAAUCGAUAUGACCUCUUGGUGACUUCCCUUGGUGUCAUUUGGGUGAUCCUUCACUUUGCUCUCCUUAAUGCAUAUACAUAUAUGAUGGGGGCUUGUGUGAUUGUCUUCAGGUUUUUCUCCAUUUGUGGAAAACAUGUAACACUGAAGAUGCUCCUUUUGACAGUGGUUGUCAGCAUGUACAAAAGCUUCUUUAUCAUCGUGGGGAUGUUUUUAUUGCUGCUGUGUUAUGCUUUUGCUGGAGUUGUUUUAUUUGGAACGGUGAAAUACGGAGAGAACAUUAACAGGCACGCAAAUUUUUCCUCAGCUGGAAAGGCCAUUACCGUGCUCUUCCGAAUAGUCACAGGGGAAGAUUGGAACAAGAUUAUGCACGACUGUAUGGUUCAGCCUCCAUUUUGUACGCCAGAUGAUUUCAAAUACUGGGCAACAGACUGUGGAAAUUAUGCUGGAGCACUUAUGUAUUUCUGUUCAUUUUAUGUCAUCAUUGCCUACAUCAUGCUAAAUCUGCUUGUUGCUAUAAUUGUGGAGAAUUUCUCUUUGUUUUAUUCCACUGAGGAAGAUCAGCUUUUAAGCUACAAUGAUCUUCGCCACUUUCAAAUCAUAUGGAAUAUGGUAGAUGAUAAGAGAGAGGGGGUGAUUCCAACUUUCCGAGUGAAGUUUCUGUUGAGGCUGCUUCGAGGGAGGCUUGAGGUGGAUCUUGACAAAGACAAACUUUUGUUCAAGCAUAUGUGUUAUGAGAUGGAGAGGCUGCAUAAUGGUGGUGAUGUCACCUUCCAUGAUGUGCUAAGUAUGUUGUCAUACAGAUCUGUUGACAUCAGAAAAAGUUUGCAGUUGGAGGAGCUCCUUGCUAGGGAGCAACUGGAGUACACCAUAGAAGAAGAGGUGGCCAAGCAGACUAUACGGAUGUGGCUGAAGAAGUGUCUAAAGCGCAUCAGAGCAAAACAACAGCAGUCAUGCAGCAUCAUCCACAGUCUUCGAGAGAGUCAGCAACAAGAGCUGAGCAAGUUUCUGAAUCCUCCUAGCAUUGAGACAACACAGCCAAGUGAAGACAUGAAUGCUAAUAACCAAGAUAAUAACAUACAGCCAGAGACAAGCAGCCAACAGCAGCUUCUGAGUCCAACUCUAUCUGAUAGAGGAGGGUGCCGGCAAGACUCUACAGAUGCUGGGAAACCCCAAAGGAAAUUUGGGCAGUGGAGGUUACCUUCAGCACCAAAACCAAUAAGCCAUUCUGUGUCUUCGGUCAAUCUGAGGUUUGGCAGUCGCACCACCAUGAAGUCAGUAGUAUGCAAAAUGAACCCCAUGACUGACACCGCUUCCUGCGGCUCCGAAGUCAAAAAGUGGUGGACCCGGCAGCUAACCGUGGAGAGUGACGAAAGCGGAGAUGACCUUCUGGAUAUCUGAGUGCAAACCGAUACAAAUGGAAGUCUCAUUGUAAAACCAGUUUUCAGAUCCCCUAUCCUUUCAAGUGAACAAGUUGUAAUCAACGUAUAACAUCAACUUUUCACAGGGUUGUUUGGUUUGGUUUUUCCCCCUUCAAUAUAUCACCAUGCUGCCACUGAGAAUACAAAGUGAGCCCACCUAAUGAACCUGUGUUUGGCCAGUUGGCUAUUUACAUUCCCUAAAGAAACUGCGUAUGAUGAUAACAUUAUUAAAGUUAGAAAUCAUGUCAUGAACAACUUUAGAUCAUUUAAAUGUCAUGUACCCUGCCUCUGUAAAUUAAGAUUAUAUUCAGAUAUGUCCUCCUGCAUUGUUACCUCCCAAAAACCAAGUGCCCCGAAGUGGCCAUUCUGUGGUACAGGAGAAAUGGCUAUACUUCAUAUUUUCCCCAAUUCAUCUAGAACUCCUUCUCUUGGGAGAAUGUACUAUUUAUGAUUGAUCUGAAAAGGUCAGCACUGCACUCAUGCUAAGAGAUAGUAUUUUUACAUACUAUAAAGUCUGAAUUUUAAAAGAUACCUUCUGUUUUCUUAUAUUCUUUUCUAAAUAUGCAAAAAAAAAUUAGAAAUCAGAACAAGUCAAAUUCUAGCCUCAGUCAUUCUCACACAACCUCCCACUUGUUUCAGGGGAAAUUUGUGUGUAGGUACCAGGCAAAGAAUUUGGCCCAUGGGGACUAACUGGCUUAAGACAAACCUGUAAAUAGAUAACUUAGGGACAUAAUUAUACAAAUAGCUUGACUUCCAUAAAGAGCCUUCAACAAAUAACAAUAAUAAUAAUUAAAAUAAAAUAAAGGAAACUGUGGGGUUCAAUUCUAUAGGACUCACCUGUAUGAUAUCACUGUAGACUUCUUUUCUUUUUUUUUUUCCUCUAAUUCCAAUGACCUGACUCAGCAGUGAGAAUCUCAGUGCUUUGUCUCACUACAAGACAACUCUUCUGCCAACAGAAUUUCCUGUGGAAAUAAUGGUCCCUCCUAAGAGUCUGCCUACUGCUCACAGCAGCUAGGGUGCAUGACAACUUCUAUUUUUCCCAAGAUCAUUGGUGUACCUCCUCUGAGAAAGUACAAAAUGUGGAAUGCCUGGAAAGUAGAAUUUGUGGCAUUAUUGCUGGCCUUGGGAAGCAAAAGUGGAUCUAGACCAUAUAAUCCAUCUCUCCUGGGUUUUCAGGUUUGUUGUGUAGGACAUUUCAUAAUUUUUUUUACUGUAAUUGUCUCAGAGAGUACAUACUGUGUGGUGUUUGAUUUACUUUAAGUUGAUUCAAUUCCAUACUUUCUUAAAAUAGGUACAUUUGACUUUUUCUGUAUAACAUUUUUGAUGAAGUGUUGACAGUCUAUCGUUAAUGAGAUUACUUGUGACUAUGAGAUUAUGGAAAACUUCACAUCACUG